CCUGUAGCAGAAGUACGGGCUCACAGGGCACCUCCUGAAACAUCCAGGAAACGGGCAGACUGGCACUAGAGACACCCUGGGCUCAGAUCCAAGUGCAAAGGAGUUAAUGUUUGAACCUGGACAUAAAGGAGUCAACAGCUACUGACCUCUGGCCAAUAUUCGAAAGGGAAGGAGCCCCCCUAUAAAUCAGUCCGCACCGGGCAGCUGGGCUAGCAGAGCUGCAGAUCAGCUGUGGAGGGAGCCCCGUCGCCACCAUGAACUUCUCCGGCAAGUACCAACUGCAGAGCCAGGAAAACUUUGAGCCCUUCAUGAAGGCAGUCGGUAUGUCCGAUGACCUCAUCCAGAAGGGGAAGGACCUCAAGGAGACUUCGGAAAUCGUGCACAAUGGGAAUCACUUCAAGAUCACCAUCACCACAGGGCCCAAAGUGGUCCACCACGAGUUCACUUUGGGGGAGGAGUUUGAGCUGGAGUCCUUUACUGGGGAGAAGGUCAAGGCAAUAACUCACAUGGAAGGUGAUAAACUGGUGUCAACCAUCAAAGGCAUCAAGUCUGUGACAGAACUCAAGGGUGAUAUAAUCACCAAUACCAUGACACUGGGCGACAUCGUCUUCAAGAGAGUCAGCAAGAGAAUUUAGACAAGUCUGCAUUUCAUAUUCUUUUACUGUGUAAAACUAAGGUAGUAAAGUGAAUUCGUUUAAAA